AUGAGGGAAAUUGUUCAUGUACAAACCGGUCAGUGCGGAAACCAGAUCGGAGCCAAAUUUUGGGAGGUUAUCUCCGAUGAGCAUGGAAUCGAUCCCACAGGAACCUAUCACGGAGACUGUGAUCUGCAACUUGAAAGAAUUAACGUUUAUUACAACGAAGCCACUGGAGGCAAAUAUGUGCCUCGCGCUGUUCUUGUCGACUUGGAGCCUGGUACCAUGGACUCUGUUCGCUCGGGUCCCUUUGGUCAACUAUUUAGACCCGAUAACUUCGUAUUCGGACAGAGCGGUGCUGGUAACAACUGGGCCAAAGGACACUACACAGAAGGCGCAGAGCUCGUAGACUCUGUGUUGGAUGUAAUCCGCAAAGAAGCAGAAAGCUGUGACUGUCUUCAGGGCUUCCAGCUCACUCACUCUUUAGGUGGUGGUACCGGCUCUGGUAUGGGAACCCUCGCUAUCAGCAAAAUCCGUGAAGAAUAUCCCGACAGAAUCAUGAACACUUUUUCUGUUGUUCCCUCUCCAAAGGUCUCUGAUACUGUGGUCGAACCCUACAACGCAACUCUGUCUAUUCAUCAGCUCGUAGAAAACACGGAUGAAACUUACUGCAUAGACAAUGAAGCUCUAUAUGACAUCUGCUUCCGUACUCUGAAGCUAACUACUCCGACAUAUGGUGAUUUGAAUCAUUUGGUAUCUGCAACCAUGUCUGGCGUGACCACUUGUCUCCGGUUCCCAGGACAGUUGAAUGCAGACUUGCGAAAACUUGCCGUAAAUAUGGUACCAUUCCCGCGUCUCCACUUCUUCAUGCCAGGUUUCGCCCCACUGACCUCCCGAGGUAGCCAGCAAUACAGAGCUUUGUCAGUUCCCGAACUCACUCAACAAAUGUUUGAUGCCAAAAAUAUGAUGGCAGCUUGUGAUCCCCGACACGGACGUUACUUGACCGUUGCCACCAUCUUCCGUGGCCGCAUGUCUAUGAAGGAGGUUGAUGAACAAAUGUUGAAUAUUCAGAGCAAGAACAGCAGCUAUUUCGUUGAAUGGAUUCCAAACAACGUAAAGACUGCAGUGUGUGACAUACCACCUCGUGGACUGAAAAUGUCUGCUACAUUCGUCGGUAACAGCACUGCCAUUCAAGAGUUGUUCAAGCGAAUCUCUGAACAGUUUACUGCUAUGUUCAGGCGUAAGGCUUUCCUGCAUUGGUACACUGAUUGUUGGCUUGGUCUGUUGGUAUGUGAGGUGCUUGUCAAGGUCCCUAGUGUUAAAGUUCUUUCAUCAGACCUUCCCUCCCUCCUUCAAAAAGGAUUUUCUGCCUCUUAUGAAAAGCCUAAGAGUACUAGCUACUCUCAACCUCCUCUUCUGCUACUGACUAUUCAGGGCAGCCAACAUAUUUCGUCUCCCAUUUCUGAAUGUGCUGAAUAG